CAAAAACAUCCGUCACGAGCCGGUUUUACUGUAACACAAAACGUCAUUGAUCCGGAGCUGUAAUAUUACACCGACUGUUGAAAUGGAAGGGGGAGGGACAGCGGGCGUCGACCUCAGCAGGAAGUUUGUGACCGAAGCGGAGCUCGAUGAGAAGAGGAAGCAAAGGCAGGAGGAGUGGGAGAAAGUCAGGAAACCUGACGACCCAGAGGAGGCACCAGAGGAGGCGUAUGACCCGCGUUCUCUCUUUGAGCGACUACAGGAGCAGAAAGACAAGAAGCAGGAGGAAUUUGAGGAGCAGUUCAAAUUCAAGAACAUGGUGAGAGGAUUGGACGACGAUGAGACCAGCUUCCUGGACGAGGUCUCCCGGCAACAGUGCCUCGUGGAGAAGCAACGCAGGGACGAGGAGAAGCAGGAACUGCUGGAAUACAGAAGCGCUGUCGUGAAGCAAGCGUCCACUGAAAGCCGCAAAGAGCCUGAGAAGAAGGCGGCGCCAAAACAUUCAGGUUCAGAGCAGAGGACGAGUCACCUGUCUCAGGCCCAUCUAUUGGUCGGAGCCGUCAAGAGACGGAAUUCCUCCCAGUCGUCAGACGGCAGUAAGAAACAGAAGGUGGAAGUCACAUCGGAAACAGGAAAUGGAGACAGACACACAGAGCAGGAGCGAGGAGGAGGAGCAGGAGGAGGAGGAAGAAGAGGAUCAGGGGGAGCUGAAGAUCAGCAGACAGUCCCCAGCCUCACGGCGAAGACCACCUCGGCUCCCCUGACCUCCAGUGAGGGCGUGGUUCACCUGCCGGCAGCAGCCGUGUGCGUCGGCGUUUUACCAGGACUGUGCGUUUAUUCCAGCAGCAGCGACUCUGACAGCAGCUCGGACAGCGAAGGUAGCGUGGACGCAAUCCUGUUGCCGUAUCCCCGGCACAGCAGGGCUUACAGAUAGACACACACACACAUACACGGCCUCUGAAGCAUGUUUACCCGACAUUAAAAUGGUUUUUCAGCGGUCAGGAUCGAUAACGUCACACAGGAUAAACAUGUACACAAACAGACUAACGAUAAGAAAGUUUCAUGCCGUGAUCAUUUUUCCCCCCUCAAAAUCACAACGUCGCAAUUAAAAUGGUUCCAAAAUUGUGUUAAUGUACAAACAAACGGCAAGAAAUAACAGCAACGUUAAGUAUAAUCAUUAUUAUUAUUAUUAUUAUUAAUUACAAAAGCAGAUGUAUAUAUUAAAUGUCGUUACCGGGGUGAAGACAAAUUAUUCUUACCGUUACUGUUCUGACGAAAACGAGUCACUUGCGUCAAUUGUUUUGGGAGAAAUAUCUAAUAGCGACAUUUCUAGUUUUUGGCUUGUGAUAUUUUCUUUGAUAUGAAAUGUAACAGCUUCAUUGGGGGUUGCAUGAUUUGGGAUUUUAAAAUGAACAUUUAAAUGUUUUCGCAUACUCAUGUUGCAGCAGAUUUAAACAUAAAUAACAGCUGUAGAGGGCGUCAGCUAAGAAGUCAAGAAGGAUUGUGUUUACGCGUUUACCGACGUCCGAUAAUAUCGUGCGAAUCAGAAUUGUACUUAAAGAUAUGAAUUAACAUGUAAUUGAUUUGUUAAUCAAGUCGUCUUACAUUGAAUUUUUCAGCUUGUGUGUCAAAAUCACGUGAUGCGUUUUUCGCGAUAACCAGUCGUUAUCAUCUCAAAUUGCGAUUUUCCUAUUUGAUAUGAAUUCAUUUUGCGGCCCUGCAUAGCGUAGGAGUUGCAAUAAUAAAAUCGUGUGAGAUUUUUAACGUCACAGACUUUAUGCUUUAUCUGUACGACACAUCUACUUCCGCGUGUGUACGUUAAACAAAACGAUGACAGCAGACCGUCUAAGUUAAACCACGAUGACGUUGAAUCAUCUUCUCUUUUAAAAAUACGCAAGCUUCGAUCUAGAAUUGCACAAACAUGAACCCGUGGAAAAUAGACACGAUGGUGAACGCGUAGUAAGGACGCAGACUCCCCCUUGUGGCACUUCAAAAUAACCGCAUUGGCGAACUAGAUCAGUUCAGUUUCUAAGUACAGUUAUUCCCCAUUUUACACUACAUGCUAGUUCUUUUUAGCACGUACGUCGUCACACAAACACUAACACACACUGAGCUUUUCCCGUUGUUUUCACAGCUGUGAGUUGACCUGUCGUUCAGCCCAGUAAUUUCAUCGUAAAGAAAAAGAAAAAUCUAAAAAAUUUCAACUAAAUCUGUGUAUUUAUUAUGAUUAUUAUUAUUUGUUGUGUUUUGAAUUUCUAUUGUGGCACUCAACCAUGACACCUUCCACCCUUCCUUCCUUCCUUCCUUCCUCUCCUUCCCUCAAUCACAUCUCACGCAGUUUAAGGCGAGCGACCAAUCCCGCGCUGCCUACCCUGACGACAUCCUGCCCCCCCUCCCUUCACUUCCCCCCAUCCCAACACAAGCCACAGCGACUGCAAGCUGUGCUAUUGGCUGAGGGAACAGUGAUUGACAGCUGUGGAGCAAGGACGAGACCGCGCUAAUAGACUGUGUCACAUGACUCACACCCUUUUUUUUAAGCAAUGUGCAGCAGAGGAGCGAGCGGGAUUUGGGCUACAUAAAGAGUUUGAAUGGUUUGAAAAAAUGUUGUGUGUUCUUUGUUUAUUUGUGUGUGUGCGAUGUGAUGCGUCGUUUGUUUUUCAAAGUAAGAUCAUGCUGGAAAGAUGCUGGACUGUUCUUUUUCUGCCGAGUCUGAGCAGUGAAAUAAAGAGCUUUUCCCCUUGUA